AUGAGAAUAGAACGGGUGACAUGGCUGUUACUGCUGUCGCUUCUUUGUGUGCGUGGGCAGAAGAGAAAAAUUUGGGGUCAGAAUGGACCGCUGUAUGAGUCCACAAAGCAGCUGAUAGCAAGCCAAAGCUCCAAUGCUGCCAGGAUCUGGAACGACACUCAGCAGGCGAUCUUCGAGAGAUCCGAGCGACUGCAGGUGGCCAAGGACACAUUGGAUGAUCAGCAGCGAGAGGUCAGUGCCCGCUUGGAGGAUUUCUUCGGGAGUCAGUACAGCGUAGAGUGGCGUUCCUGCUUCAAGAAAUACGAAGUACAGGUGGCCCACUUCAAUCGGGAGCUGCUGGACAAGUACAGCAUAUGCAGCAAUUCCCUGGAGCACAUCAUGGACCAUUUCCAGCAGGAAAUCGUGCUCGAAGUCGAGUUCCUUCGAAGUGCUUCUCUAGAGAUUGCUGAGUUGUCGAAUACCUGCCGCACUUGGCAACUAAAGCAGUCCGGUUUUAAUCACGCCGGAAUCUUGUUCUGCACUAUUUCCGGAAUUGGGAGAAUCAAUCAACGGAUGACCGGCUGCCUGGAUCUUUGCGAUGACAUCCUGCUGGAGAUGACCAUGGAGGAUCUGGACACACCAAGUUGCCUUUUCUACCAUAAUCUGAAGAUUGAGUUCGAUGAGGUCUUUGCUGAGAUUGAGCAGUGUGCGAUGAACUAA